CUCGAAGCUGCGAGAGCGACACACGGGAAGCGGCCAAACGCGCAGCCCGCGAGCGCGUUCCCAAGUCCGAGCCUCCGUUGACCAAAGUUGGCCCUCCUGCUCGGGGCGGAGGGGACGCGGCCUGGCUGACGUCAGGCAGGAGCAGAUAAGAGGUGAUCUCGUCGCCGGAAGGAGCCAAGGGGACCCUCCGGCGGCCAGACCGCAGCUGCGCGCCGGGAGAGGCGGGAGCUCUCGAUCGCAGCAGCGGAGCCAACGACCGCGGAGCGCCGCUCCCCCAAAAGCCCUGGGACCAUGCCGCAGAACGUGGUUCUUCCGGGACCUGCGCCCUGGGGCUUCAGGCUGUCGGGAGGAAUAGAUUUUAACCAGCCAUUGAUCAUAACCCGGAUAACACCAGGAAGCAAAGCUUCACAAGCCAAUCUGUGUCCUGGUGAUAUCAUCAUAGCUAUUGAUGGCCACAGCACAGAGAACAUGACUCACAAUGAUGCCCAGGAGAGAAUUAAAGCAGCAGCCCAUCAGCUCUGUCUGAAAAUUGAGAGGGCAGAGACUAAAUUAUGGUCUCCACAAGUAGCAGAAGAAGGCAAGCCGCAUCCAUUCAAAAUAAACUUGGAAGCUGAACCACAGGACAUAAGCUACUUUGAACACAAGCAUAACAUUCGACCUAAACCUUUCGUAGUCCAAAGCCCGAGCAGUAUAUGCAGUACUCCCUCCGGUUUUGAUGGCAGCAGUGGACGUAGCACACCCUCUUCUGUUAGCACUGUUAGCACUAUCUGCCCUACUGAGUUGAAAGCUGCAGCUAAGAUGGCCCCCAACAUUCCCUUAGAAAUGGAGCUUCCUGGUGUCAAGAUUGUACACGCUCAGUUUAACACUCCUAUGCAGAUGUAUUCAGAUGACAAUAUUAUGGAAACACUGCAGGGACAGGUUGCUACAGCACUCGGGGAAACACCCCCUAUAAGUGAGCCAGUUCCAGCUGCAGUGCCCCAGUCCGAUGUUUAUCGGAUGCUACACGAUGACCCUCAAGGACCCAGCCAACCACGCCAGUCCAGUUCUUUUAAGGUGCUGCAGGACAUGGUCUCUGAAGACGCUGAAGGUCGUCCCAGUGGGACAAGGAGUGUAAAAGCACCUGUCACAAAGACGGGUGCUGGUGCGGGAAGUGUGCCAAAAGUGCCUUUGUGUGACAAGUGUGGAAAUGGCAUUGUUGGCACAGUAGUGAAAGCCCGUGACAAGUUCAGGCACCCAGAAUGUUUCGUCUGUUCCGACUGCAAUCUCAACCUGAAGCAGAAAGGCUACUUCUUCGUGGAGGGGCAGUUAUACUGUGAAACGCAUGCCAGGGCUCGCAUGAGGCCCCCGGAGGGUUACGAAGCUGUCACCGUUUACCCCAAGGCUUAACUGUUUGGAGACAGAGAUGCCUGCGUGCACGCCUAGGGCAUUCUCAGCUUACAGCAGCUCUACCGCUAAUGGCCUAAAUCCAGCAAACUGCUCUUUCGGGGGAGGGAGGGGGAAGGACGACAGGAUGGAGGGCUCAGGGAACAGGGAGGGGGUUUUAGUAGCCCAUCCUGGGAUAGGGGGCAUGCUUUCCCAAGACUUUAUCACAAUGUCUGCCAGUGUAAUCUGACAGGAGUAUAAAGUAAACAUAACAGAUUGUACUAUAUUAAGCAAAGCUAAGUUCUUUUACAUGGGUUAUAUUUUUGUUCAGAUGUUUGCACACGCAUUACUAAGGAAAGACCUAGUCUGUAGGUGUUCUCAGCCUCCAAGCCAUGAACCCAUAUCCUUUAUGUUCAGGACACCCUCACCUGAUAUAAAGAUGGCCCACGGCCUUGUGAGCGUUGUUUUUAUAUCAGUGUCAGUCUCUAUGAUAAAUCAAACAUGGUUGCCCUGUCCUGUUCACAUGCCUGCGGGUUCUUUGUGACCCACAGCACUACUGCUGCCAUCUCCUCCUCAAAUGUAAGGCAAAGCAUAUUGCUGCUAGGUAGGAGGAGAUGGACCUGGUAGUAGAGUAUCUAAUUGCAUAGCCAUUAAAAGUAGUA